CCUACAAACAUCUCAGCCAUGAUUUCUUUCAUGCUCGUUCUGAGCUUCUUGAUGGCUCUGGCCUCGACCAACUCAACCACUGACGCCAUCACUUGCGCCAAGGGCGCCCACCUCAUCGUUGCUCGUGGUAGCCUUGAGCCAGAGGGUCCCGGUGCGAUGGGUAUCCUCGCGGAGGAGAUCAUCAAGCUGAUCCCCGGUUCGGACAUGGAGGCUCUCGUGUAUCCCGCCCUCUACAAUGAGUACGUUGAGUCUCAGACCGAGGGCGUCCGCACUAUGAACUCCGUGAUCAACAACUACGUGAAGAACUGUCCCGACACUGACUUGAUCCUCAUGGGUUACUCGCAGGGAGCCCAUGUCACUAUGGACACGAUGUGCGGUGCCAGCUCUGAAGGUUUCCCUGGCACUCUUUCUCAGCCUUCCUACAUCACCGACAAUGUUGCGGCCAUCAUCGCCAUGGGCGAUCCCAGUCUCACCGAAGGUCAGCCCUUCCUUGUCGGCACCAGCGAGGGCAGUGGAAUCUUCCCCCGCAACCUCCCCAUCGGCUGCAACAGCAUCGCCAGCAAGACUGUAUCCAUCUGCGACAAGGGCGAUCCAUACUGCGAGGCUGGCGGCAAGGAUCUCUCCGUUCACUUGAGCUACAUCAAGAACUACGGAGAGUUCACUGUCGGCCAUGUCGUCAAGGCGUGGAAGUCUCGUAACUAAGUUGAAUUGGAUGCAUUCCUUGAGAUUGGAGUUGGGGAGUAGUACAUAUCAAUUUCGGAUUAAUGCGCAGAGAGUGCCUUGGAAAUACCACCAGCCAGAGAAGCUGAGUUUGGGUACGUAGAGAUACUGGAU